AUGAAGGCCUCGCUGUUAUCAACAUGGGCGCUGUGCCUCAUCGGCGCGUCCGCAGCACCUGGCAUCCAGCAGCGAGAUGGAGGAUUUCCUGACGGACAGCCCAUCAGUCCGGAUGGCAAAGGAGGACCCUUUUCAGGCGGCACGAACCAUGAGCUCGAUCUGCAAAAUCCCAACAAUCUAGGCCAGCAAUCGACCGACAACGGCGUAGUGCCAAACCUCAAAUGGAGCUUCUCCGAUUCAAGAACGCGCAUUCUGAAGGGCGGCUGGGUACGGGAGCAGGUCAUCACUGACUUGCCUGCCAGUCACGACAUUGCCGGUGCUCAAAUGCAUCUUGAAAAGGGGGCGAUUAGAGAGAUGCACUGGCAUCGAGUGGCUGAAUGGGGAAUCGUCUACGCCGGCCGCAUCGUCAUGUCGGCCGUCGAUGAGAACGGCAACUACGAAGUCGCCGAGCUCGGAUACGGCGACGUGUGGUAUUUCCCCAAAGGGGUUGCACAUACAGUCCAGGGACUUGAUGAUGAAAAUGAGUUCCUCCUGAUCUUUGACGAUGGCGACUUUGACAAGAUUGGUACCACUUUCAACGUCGACGACUGGAUCGCUCACACUCCCCGCUCCGUCCUUGCAAAGAAUUUUGGCGUCGACGAAUCUGUCUUCGAUUCCCUUCCUGCAUCCGACCCGUACAUUAUCAACGGCACCGUCAGCACGCAAAAUAUCACAGGCUACGUCCCGGUGCCUACAGAGACCAGCUCCUUUGUUUACCGCACGCUGCAGCAUCCGCCGGAGAAGAUUGGCGGAACUGGGGGCCAGGUACACAAGAUUGACUCGACCAAUUUCCCGGUGAGCAAGACGAUUGCGGCAACGUUUGUGACGCUGAAGCCGGGUGCUCUGAGGGAGCUUCACUGGCAUCCGAACGCGGAAGAAUGGGUCUACUUCCACAAGGGCACCGCCCAAGCCAGUGUAUUUCUCGGCAGCGCCGCCUCCCGGACCUUCAACUUCCGUGCCGGCGACACGGCCGUCUUUCCGGACAACUCAGGCCACUACAUCGAGAAUACAUCUGAGACAGAGGAUCUCGUCUGGGUGGAGAUUUAUAAGUCGGACCGCGUUGUUGACAUUCCCUUGACGCAAUGGCUCGCAUUGACGCCGCCAGACAUUGUUGCGCAAACGCUCAAGGUGCCGCUGGAGUUUGUGGAGAAGCUGAAGAAGGAGAAGCAGGUGCUGAUUGAGUAA